AUGCUGGGUUCUUCUUCUCAAUUUAAGCAAGUCAUAGUAAAGAAAACAAACUGUCCAUAUGAAUUAAGAUUUAUUGACAUCAGAAAUUAUAUAGCGGGUGGAACAUUAGACCAAUUCACUCAAGAUUUCGGAAACAAUAAAACACGUGUUAAAUCAUUCUUCCCAUAUCAAUUCAUCACAUGGGAGAAUUACGAAGAUGAAUUAUAUAAAAAGGAACUAUUCACUCAAGAUUCAUUUUAUUCAGCAUUAACUCAAGAAACUAUAUCCGAUUCAGAUUAUCAAAUAUAUCUCAAUGAUGCUAAAAAUUUUGAGAAUAGAUUAGAAUAUUUUAUUCAUUAUUGCAAUAAAGACGUUGAAAUUAUGAUUGACCCAAUUGAUAAAAUUAUUGAAGAAACAUUUGUUUAUAAAAUUGACAUGCUCCAUAAUCUUUCAUUAUCAUCUAAUGCAUCAAUGAUUCGUUACGCGUUAGCAUAUAAGAACUUCAAUCCUAACGAAACAUAUCCAGAAGAAGAAAAUGUGGAAUCAAGUUUUGAAUUAACGAAAAAGUAUUGGAAAUAUAAAAUUGAAUCAUAUAAGAAACAAGAUGAAAAAGCAGAAAGAGAUACUAAAAAUAAUGUUUCAAUGGAUGAUUUUCAAUACUAUCACGAUUUAAUCCUUUCAUCUAAAUGCAAAAUGUGUGGUAAAGCGUUUACAUAUGCAAAUAAACCAACAUUGGAUAGAAUCGAUAAUGAAAAACCACAUACCAAAGAAAAUUGUCAGUUAAUGUGUUGUUAUUGCAAUGUCGUAAAAUCAAAUAAAGAUGAAGAUGUUCAACGUUUAAGAAUCAAUUUAAGAAAUUAUGCAUUAAAAAAUAAUUUACCAAUGACUUUAGAUUCAGUUGAAGCUUAUCACAUUCUCCGUAAUGGAAUUACUGGUGGUUUAUCAAAUGUUCAACAUAGAGUAAUCUUAAAGGAAUCACGCACAUUAAUAAACUUUCAUAUAAUCCAGAA